AUGAACAAAACCACCCAAACACACUAUAAGAAAGUUGGGCAUAUCCGACGCUUUUUUAGCGGCGGCCCAUCACCGUCGGAUGCUCGGUCGACUUUAAAAAAAAAGGCCUGUUACUGUCUGUCUCUCCCUCUCCAUCUCCGCCAUCUCGUCUCUCCCUCUCCCGUCCUCGAUCUCUCUCCCUCAUACUCUCUCGAUCUCUCUCCCUUCCUCUCCCUCCGCCUCUCGAUCUCCCUCUCCUCCCUCUCUCUCGAUCUCUCUUUCCCUCGUUUUCUUCGACGUGUUGUUCCUUCUUCUAUCUGUCUCCAACAAUCGAAGAAAGUAGAAGAAAGAAGAGAAAAUCGAAGCUGCAAUCAUCAGGAUGGAAGACGGAAUGUCUUCUAUCGUCUUCGACUGUUUGGAGGGAACAUUCGAUUCAUGGUCCUUCGAAUGAAAAGAUCAACUAGGGGCACCUUCUGUGAUUUGAGGCUUCAUCUCAUCAUUAAUAAUGCCAGAUAUCUGAUGUGGUUGAUGAGGAAGUCUGCAAGCUGGAUGAAAAGUUCAAGGAAGGGAGUCAGUCAUGUUCGAGUUCGUGUUCGUGUUCUUGGCUUUAGGCAUCUAUAAGGAUUGACAAUGGAUGUUUUAAAGGUUACCUAGUUUAUUUUCCCCUAGAAUAGCAAAAAGUGAGUUUGGUCCGGUCCCAUCCACUAUUGGUCCAUUAUAUCAGCAGUUUAGAUUAUCUACAUGGACCCCACUUCUCCAAAAUCAAUGGUCAUAGUAUUACUCUAGAAAAAAGUUAUAUUUUUGUUUUGUUUUUUGUCUAUUUUCUGACUUAGACCUUGAAUCUUUUCUUUUUUGUUUUUGUGUGUGUAUGUAGUGUUUCUAAUUGUCUUACAAAUUCCCUGCUUUAUCUUCAAACAGGUGGCACUGGCACACUUCCUCUUCUCUGCCAUUAUUAUAUUAUGUCAAGGUAAAUUCAAGACGGAUCUGUGUUUUACAUGUCACAGCCACUCAGAACACAAUGAAUGGUGAUUUGGAGUGUGACUUAAUUUUAACUGCUAACUGGUGCUGAUGCCUUUUACUGCUACACAGCUCACCAUAGAUCGACAGAAGAAACCAGUCCGUUGGAAACAAUGGCAAUCAUUGGCAACAAGGAGAUCAUUGACAUUAACCAAGGUAUGUUAGCUGUUUAGACUGGUGUAUUAAAAAAAAAAAAAAAAAAAACUAGGAUACA